AUGUUAGGGGCCGUCAUUCUGGAGGAUGUGGUGGACAAGGUCGUGGUGGUCGCCAAUCUGGCUGUGGUGGUGGAUAGGUUGGAACUACUAGAGUACAGCCCGGUAAGGGAAAUGGUCAGACAGGCGACAGAGCCCAUUGUUAUACUUUUCCUGGGAGGUCAGAGGCAGACGCAUCCGAUGCUGUUAUCACAGGAGCCUGUAGCUAUUCUUGAUAGUGAGGUCCGCAAGUUGAGAUCAAGGGAGAUUGCGUCUGUGAAGGUCAAGUGGAGGAGUCAUCCUGUUGAGGAGUCCACUUGGGAGAUUGAAGCUGAUAUGCGUGGGACAUAUCCACAUUUAUUCGUCGAGUCAGGUACCCUUUUCAACCCUCACUCUUCUUUUGACCAUUCUGGAAUGAACGGUGGGUAA